AUGAGACCGAGGUAACGGCGGAGAUAAGUAUUUUCUCUGCAGCUGAAAGUGACCUGAACACAAACUUUAAACGAACACAAUCAUGGCUCAAGCUCUGGACAUUGAUCGCUGGAAUCUGGAGUGUGAGUUCAACAACACCGACCAUCGUACUGAUCUUAACGGGGUAGACCGUCUAAUCGUGAGGAGAGGCCAGCCAUUCACAGUCCGCCUGUAUCUCCGCUCAGGGAACUACCAACCAGGACUCAGCUCUCUUGACUGCAUUGCAGAAACAGGUCCUCGACCCUCUGAGCAGUAUGGCACCAGAGCCUCCUUUGGUCUGUCUGCCAACAUCGACACUUCCCGCUGGAGCGCUGCUAUCACCAGUCCCCCUGGAGACACGGUGACUCUGUCCAUCUGCUCUGCCCCUGAUGCACCUAUAGGCCGCUACACCCUGACCCUGGGUCGAUCUGGGAGGAUUGAGUUUAUCCUGCUCUUUAACCCCUGGUGCCCACGAGAUGCAGUAUAUAUGGACAACGAGGAGAGUUUGGCAGAGUAUGUCUUGUCUCAGGAUGGAAUCAUCUUUCGAGGCAGCUACAAACAUCCCAUACCUACUCCCUGGAACUUUGGCCAGUUUGAACAUGGAAUCCUUGAUGUCUGUUUGAGGAUUUUGGAUAUGAAUCCUAAAUGUCUGGCUAACCCAGGCAAAGACUGCUCAGGGAGAAGAAAUCCUGUCUAUGUCUCUAGAGUGCUUAGUGCUAUGGUGAAUUGCAAUGAUGACAAAGGAGUGGUGCUGGGAAAAUGGACAGAUGGGUAUGAAGGAGGUGUCAGUCCAAUGUUCUGGAGGGGCAGCGUGGAGAUUCUGCAGAACUGGGAUGCACAAGCUUGUCAGCCUGUUCGCUACGGACAGUGCUGGGUGUUUGCUGCAGUGGCCUGCUCAAUUUCCAGAGCACUUGGCAUACCCUGCAGAGUCGUCACCAACUACCUGUCAGCCCACGACACCAACAGCAACCUGGUGAUUGAACGCUACAUUGAUGAAAAUGGACAACUCAUUAAAUCUGCAGAAAUGAUCUGGAACUAUCACUGCUGGGUGGAGAGCUGGAUGGCAAGGCCUGACCUUAAAUCUGAUUUUAACGGCUGGCAGGCCAGUGACCCCACACCCCAGGAAAAAAGUGACGGAGUGUACUGCUGUGGCCCCAUUCCACUAAAGGCCAUCAAGGAGGGUGAGCUCAUGUUCAAGUACGAUGCCCCGUUUGUCUUUGCGGAGGUCAACGCUGACGUCAUCACUUUCAUGAAGAAAAAAGAUGGCAGCACGUCAAAUGUCACUACCUCUACAUUGGUGGGCCAGAAGAUCAGUACAAAGAGUGUCGGCCGUGACACCAGAGAGGACAUCACCCAUCUCUACAAGUACCCUGAAGGUUCUGAUGAAGAGCGGGAGGCUUUCAAGAAGGCUGACCACCAAAACAAGCUGCUCCACCAGCAGGAGAAUCAAGGCCUACACAUCACCAUCAAAGUCUCAGCAGAGAUGAAGAAAGGAUGCGACUUUGAUGUCUUUGCUGUGGUUACUAACAAUACCCAAAGCGACAAGAAGUGCCGCCUGGCAUUUGGAUCCUGCGCUAUAGCCUACAACGGGAUUUUGGGAGGGAAUUGUGGCUUUAAAGAUCUGCUCAAUGUUGAGCUCUCACCAGGAGCAGAGAGGCGGGUCCCACUAAGGCUGAACUACUCUAAGUAUGGUAGCCUGCUGACUGGAGACAACUUAAUCCGUCUGGCUGCUUUGUUACUUGACUACAGCACCAGGGAGGCAAUACUGGCAGUGAGGAACAUUGUACUGGAUAAUCCUGAAAUCAAAGUCAGGAUCCUGGGUGAACCAAAGGAGAAUCGGAAACUCGCUGCAGAAAUCACUCUACAAAAUCCUCUGCCAGAGACACUGGAGAACUGCUGCUUCAGCAUUGAGGGGGCCAACCUUACUGGGGGACACGUCAUCUCUGAGAGGCUGGACUCCACAGUGGGACCUGGGGAAGAUGCCAAGGUGAAAAUUUACUUCACUCCCAACCACUCUGGGCUGAGAAAGCUGGUGGUCAACUUUGAAAGCAACAAGUUGUGUCACGUUAAGGGCUACAGAAAUGUCAUCAUUGGAAAAUAGAGUUUAUCAACCUUUACAGCCCAUCAUACAAGAGGAAGAUAAAGCAUGUUUUACAUUUAAAUUGAUAUUAGCUGAGAUCUUUUUUAAAACCUUUUCUUGCAUAGUGUUUAAAACAAAAUACUUUUUCUGUCCAUAUACUUUACUAACUGUAUAUUGCUGAUUGAUACAUCUUUUUUUUAAGAGCCAUAAAUAUUUGAAUGUGACCUGAGAACAUUUGUACUCAUUAAAACUUAUCAAAUCUGUGCAUGCAAAUGUUAAAAACCAUAUAUGUACCAUCUAUUUUCUUAUUAUGAUUACAAGAUUAGUAUUAAGUACUAUGUACUAUUUUAUUUUUUAUUUUAUAUUUUCCAGGUGCUAUAAUUAAAAGAACUGUUUAACAUUUUUCAACCAGAUAGACUGUCUUCACACAAACCUUGACUUUAUUGGACAUAUGUUUUUAGUUUUUUUUUGCAUUCCAACCAAACAAGCAGCCUGUAGCAAAGAUGACAAAGCGUCUUGUGUGUUGUUUGUGAAGUUGUUUUACCUUGUAC